GUGAUAUUUAACGUCACAUGGGGGCGGACUCAUGCUGUUGAUGGUAGCCUACAGCCCUGCGAUCAAAACAAGUAUAAGUGGAACGCAGUUAAUUUACUGGGGAAAACAUGUCUGCAGUUCGCUGUCUUUUGUGAUGGGGAGUCGAAGGACCUGAGGAUUCCCCCAUAAAAUUCUUAUUUAUCUGCUCAAGUUGAUAAAUCAUGUCGAUGACCUUCGAGGCAGGGAGUAGAGUGACGCUGCUGUUUGACUUCUGGGAUGUGCGCGGACCCGCAGGGAUGGUGCUGUCUGUCUUUGUGGUCCUCCUGUUGACUGUGUUCUACGAGCUGCUGAAGGUGUGGAAGGUCCAGCUGGGAAAGCCCUUAGAGCAGCCCACUCAGCCAGCCUUCCCACGGCCUUUCCCCCCUCCCCUCCACUCCUCAGACUGCCAGGGAAGCAGCGCUGUGAUUGCCAGUAGCCUCUCAGAGUCUUCUCUGGCCUCCACGGAACAGGCUGUUCCCACUCCCUCCCCCAUGAACAGAUGGCGUCUCCAUGGUAUCCAGACAGCCAUGCACAUCCUGCAGGUGACUCUGGGCUACAUACUGAUGCUGUGUGUCAUGUCCUACAACACCUGGAUCUUCCUAGGGGUCAUCUUGGGCUCGGUCCUGGGAUACUUCAUAUGGUUCCCACUACUGAGUCAAAUCUGAUCAAACAAUGGAAUCGAAAGUUCUUUUCCUGGACUAUAGAUCUACAGGGACUAGCUAUCCCAUACCUGUUGGUCAAAGAUUUGAUCUGAAGAGCAUAUCGUAGAAACUCCCAUGGUGUAUGUCAUUCUGACUGUUGUGCACUGAUGCGCAAUAGAUCUCCCUGUGACUGUGUCGCUUAUCAAGUUACCUGAAGUGGAAGGUUGUUCCAGCAUUUCUUCCCUACUUAUACAUGAUCUUAAUUAAAAAGCAAGAUGGAGACUUCCAUAUAGUGACACAGAUGUACACAGAGUACAGCCUAGGAGUGAUUGAGCCACGAUACCUUUUUUAUCAAAGUUUUAUGAAGUUUUACAUUGUGUUCAAGCAAGGCAACUGUUACUAUGUACUACACAUCCACAGUCAUCAUUUUGACCAGGGCCCGUGAGUAGCUACAGGGCUUGAGUUCAAUGUUGUCAACCUGUGGUUACUUGACUUAAGGCAGUGCUGCCAAACCCUCUUCCCGGAGAUCUACUGUCCUGAAGAUUUUCAGUCCAACCUUUAUUUAGAGUAUCUGAUUCAGCCGGUUAAGGUCUUGUUGAGCAGCUAAUUAGUAGAAUCAGGUGUGUUUAAAUUAGGGUUGGACUGAAAACCCACAGGACUGUAGAUCUCCAGGAAGAGGGUUGGGCAGCCCUGACCUAAGGUUUGUCAUUCUUCCAUUUCACUCCAAGGUCAGACUUCCAGCCAGCACUCUAGUCACAAGACAACAUUGAGGAAUUGCCACCUUGAUAGCACAGAAGCAUGUGAUGGAGUAUUGUAAACUCCAUAGAUACUGCAUGUCAGGCUCAUUGGGAAACAGAUUGUUCUCCUCUGUAUUUCAGAGCAAUAGAACAGAAUCUGGUUCAUGUUGUGUUUUUUAAUCGUUUGGAAGAGAGCCACUGUAGAGAAACCAACCAUUUGAUGCCUUUUAUAUCAAAUAAACAGAUGCAUAUUUUCAUUUUAAUUAGCUAUUUUCUGUUGAAUUAUCCAGUAGCCUAGUUUGAAAACAUGGAUGAACACUUUUCUCAAUGCCCAAUUGAUCUGAAGUCAACUGAAAGUAGAUAACGGACUACUCACACAAGGCUUCUAAAGUGGUUUUGUUUAAAAAGUCCCUAUUGAGAAAUACCCAUGUAGACAUGUGCUUACUGUUGUUUGUGUAAUUUUAUUCUAAUUAUCAAUAAAUACCACCAACUAAGAA